GAUGAGGACAAGCAGCCUGUUGAAUCUGAAAGACCAGAGGUUGUUGUAUCUAAUCACAUAUCUUAUGUGGAUAUUCUCUUUCAGAUGUCGUCAUACUUUCCAAGUUUUGUUGCAAAGAGAUCAGUGGCUAGGCUUCCCCUCAUUGGUAUCAUCAGCAAGUGUCUUGGUUGUGUCUAUGUUCAACGAGAGUCAAAAUCUUCUAAGGGUGUUUCGGGUCUUCUGACAGAAAGAAUUCAAGAGGCCCAUCAAAACAAGCUUUAUCCAAUGAUGAUGCUCUUUCCAGAAGGUACAACCACGAAUGGCAAUUACCUUCUUCCAUUCAAGACAGGUGCCUUUCUAGCUAAAGAACCAGUGCUUCCAGUGAUUCUAAAAUAUCCUUACAAUAGAUUCAGUCCAGCAUGGGACACCAUAUCUGGGGUGCGUCAUGUGUUUUUGCUUCUUUGUCAAUUUGUUAAUCAUCUUGAGGUGAUCCAUUUGCCUGUAUAUUAUCCUUCUGAGCAAGAAAAGGACGACCCCAAACUCUAUGCUAAUAACGUUCGGAAAUUAAUGGCUACCGAGUUUCCUGCAGGGCAAUUUAAUGCUCUCAGAUAUUGGGUUGGCUGAGAAGCGAAUCUACCAUGCUGUGCUGAAUGGUUUAUUAUGUCAAAGCUAAUUUGGAUUUGGGCCUGUAAAUUCUUCAUAGAUGUUCCUGUAGUUUAAGAAAAAGAAUAGAACAGAAAGCAAGAUAUUGGAAUGAGUAUUUCUUUCUCACACGAAUCAGUUUUUUUUUUCUUCACACCCACUUAACCUCUACACUCCAAUAUGCUCCAGGCAUUUCCAAGAGCAACAGCUCACUUGAUUUUUAUCAUUUACAAACUAAGGGGAUGUCUGAAUUUUAUGUUCAUCAGUCAAUUUUAGAAAAUCCUCAGAUAAGUGUGUUAGAAAGAGAAGAAAUAGAUGUGACAAAACUUAAAGACUCUCUUGCUCGGUAACCUGUUGAACAAUUCUUGUUAAUGUCACAAGAUUUAUCAUGGUAUGUGCAUUAACAAUUGUCAACUCAUUGUUUUGCAUUCAAUACAAUGAAAUUAUGUUUUUGUAAA